GCUGACACACCACAGAAGACAGCUCUAGCUCGGUAUCAAUAUGGCCGUGGUUUCAAACUUGUUUGUGAUUAGUUUUGCUGUGAUUCAAGUGGCAGCAGAGACCUGCCUGCAGGUCACUGAAGACAAUGGCGCACGAUAUCUUCGCUGCUUCGCCACUUUUGACGCCAAGGUCACGUGGGUGACGGCCAACGCCACGUGCUCUCGCUUUGGUUGGUCCCUCGUGCAGGUUGAUACCCAACAAGUACAAGUUCAUGUCCAGAGAUUGCUAGGGAAUCGUGGUUUUGAAGCAACUUGGCUUGGCGCCUAUAGCGAAAGUUACCAACUUCAUGGUGGGGAAUCUCUCUGGAAGUGGCUAAGUGGUACGCCCGUGGAAGACACGUAUAAUGACUGGGCGGAGGGAGAACCCUCAGCGUGGUGGCCUUACUACCUGGGGGAAAGAGAAUGUGGCUUUAUGCAGGCAGAGCGGGGGUGGCGCUGGGGAGCGUCCCCUUGUGAUUCCGAGGAGAACGCGGCCUUCCCGUAUAUUUGUCAAUUUGGUAUCGAACUAUCAAAUGGUACGGAGACUUCUGUCGUUCCUGCGCCCGUUUCUUCAACGAACAAUCCCAAAACGACAGCAGUGGCCGACAUUGGGACAACUACGGCACCAACCAGUGUAACAUCUACCAUUGUGCUUCCAGUCACAGCCUCCACGAUAAAGCCAACUACAUCGGCAGCAACGUCAACAUCAUCAGUGACAACAGUGCCAGCUACAACAACUACAACUACUAUCCAAAAUACAACAAAUGGACACAAUAACAGUAGUGCAGGACCAAAAACAUCCACAUCACCAUUUGGUACCAGUACGACGACGCCUAGCCAGAAUCUCCUGAAUAUAACCGUAACAGCUAACACAACGACAGGCAUAAGUACAACCGCUGCACCUUUUGUCAACUUGACUUCACGAGUUACUGAGACGUCAGCACAUGUUCCCAUGACAACGGUCCCCGUUGCCGUGACAACAGCCACUGAUGGUAACGUAACUGCUAGUCCUAAUAUAAAUACAACACCUGUUGGUACAACUUCCACAAAAACGCCCUCAACUGGUGCCAUCUCAACAACAAUUGGUACCAUGACAACGGCUUUACACGUGCCAAUUACAACAACUGGAAAAAAUAUGACAACAGCAGGGACAAAUAUGACAACACCAAGUACUAGAGCUGCGUUACAAAGUUCCACAAUGCCCAGUAUCAAUGUUACAACGACAGAAACAACAGUCUUUACCAACACCACAGCAUCUGGCACAAGUAUUACCCCACCAACGGCAACAACAGCAUCUGGUACAAGUAUUACCUUACCAACAACAACACCAUCUGGUAAAAGUAUUACCUUACCAACAACAACAGCAUCUGGUACAAACAUUACCUCACCAACGGCAACAACAGCAUCUGGUACAAAUAUGACCUCACCAACGGCAACAACAGCGUCUGGUACAAAUAUUACCUCACCCACGGCAACAACAGUAUCUGGUACAAAUAAUACCUCACCACUGGCAACAACAGCAUCUGGUACAAGUAUCACCUUACCAACGGCAACAACAGUAUCUGGUGCAAGUAUUACCUCAGCAACGGCAACAACAGUGUCUGGUACAAGUAUUACCUUACCAACGGCAACAACAGUAUCUGGUACAAGUAUUACCUCACCAACGGCAACAACAGUAUCUGGUACAGGCAUUACCUCACCAACGGCAACAACAGUAUCUGGUACAAGUAUUACCUCACCAACGGCAACAACAGUAUCUGGUACAGGUAUUACCUCACCGACGUCAACAACAAUGACUUCAAAUCAUACAUUACCCGCCAACCUCACCGCUGUCCCCACGAAAACAAAUGGCACAACAGCAGCGCCAUCCACCACAACGCCUUUUAGUUACAAUAGUAAAACACCCAUCAUCAAUAAUUCAACACUGCUUACCACUGUCUUUGUAACAAAUGUUACAUCAACGGCACCAAUAACUACAGCAUCUCUGCAAAAUGUAACGAACACCUCAGCGACAGUGACGGCGACAGUAAAUACAUCAAAUAGUGAAACUUCAACAAAUUCUUUCUCUACCGGAAGUAACGAGCCGCUUGUUAUAACGAGCACUUUGGAAACGCCUUCCACAGGCGGCAGUACGGCAGCGCCAUCUAGUGGCGGGAACUCUGGGACACCUAGUGGCGUCACAGAGCAGACAGCAGUUGUGGCCUCUGUCGUUGGUGUAAUCGUGGUGAUUGUUCUGAUAGCAGUGGCACUGUUUAUCAGAAAGCGAAGGAAGAAUCGAAGUUAUACCCACCUUACUGAGGUCUGUUCUAUGGAGAUCGUGGCGACACCUCCCGGGGGUGUGACAAGAUACGGGAGCGCGGGAACUGUGGACCAAAGACAAUCUCUAGCAUGCUAA